AUGUCAGUUACCGAUAUCCCUCCGUCGUCCACCUCCGCCGCCGGAGCACCACUAGGCUCCUCCGUGAUUCCGAUUGUGAACAAGCUUCAGGACAUAUUCGCUCAGCUAGGAAGCCAAUCCACGAUCCAGCUUCCGCAAGUCGCUGUCGUCGGAAGUCAGAGCAGCGGUAAAUCCAGCGUCCUCGAAGCACUCGUCGGCCGCGAUUUUCUCCCUCGCGGUAAUGAUAUCUGCACUCGCCGUCCUCUCCUUCUCCAGCUUAUUCAGACCAAACCUCGUUCCGAUGGUGGUUCCGAUGACGAAUGGGGAGAGUUUCUUCACCAAGGUAGCAAACGUUUCUACGAUUUCUCUGUGAUGCGCCGCGAGAUUGAGGCUGAGACGAGUAGAUUAGCAGGAGAUAAUAAAGGUGUAUCAGAACAACAGAUUCGUCUCAAGAUUUAUUCUCCUAAUGUUCUGAAUAUUACUCUUGUGGAUCUUCCUGGCAUCACAAAGGUUCCUGUUGGUGAUCAGCCAACAGAUAUCGAAGCUCGUAUAAGAACGAUGAUCUUGUCUUACAUUAAGAACCCUACCUGCUUGAUACUAGCUGUUACACCUGCUAAUUCGGAUUUAGCCAACUCAGAUGCUUUACAAAUCGCAGGAAACGCUGAUCCUGAUGGUCAUAGAACCAUAGGUGUGAUCACAAAGUUGGACAUUAUGGACAGAGGUACUGAUGCUCGGAAUCACCUUCUUGGAAAAACGAUUCCUCUUCGACUUGGAUACGUGGGAGUCGUAAAUCGUAGUCAGGAGGAUAUUUUGCUGAAUCGGAGCGUUAAGGAUGCUCUUAUUGCAGAGGAAAAGUUCUUUCUUAGUCGUCCAGCUUACAGUGGUCUCACUGAUCGUUGGGGUGUCCCUCAAUUGGCAAAGAAAUUAAAUCAGAUCCUUGUCCAACACAUCAAGGCGCUGCUUCCUAAUUUAAAAUCACGUAUCAGCAAUGCAUUGUUUGCUACAGCAAAGGAGUAUGAGAGCUAUGGGGAUAUAGCAGAGUCCAGGGCUGGUCAGGGAGCUCUGCUCCUCAAUUUUCUUACAAAGUACUGUGAAGCAUACUCCUCAACCCUGGAAGGGAAAAGUAAAGAAAUGUCUACAUCUGAGCUCUCUGGUGGAGCAAGAAUUCACUAUAUCUUCCAAUCAGUCUUUGUUAAGAGCUUGGAGGAGGUAGAUCCAUGCGAAGACUUAACAGAUGAUGAUAUUCGGACUGCAAUUCAGAAUGCCACUGGUCCCAGAUCUGCAUUGUUUGUUCCAGAUGUUCCAUUUGAAGUUCUUGUCAGGAGGCAGAUAUCUCGUUUAUUAGACCCCAGCCUUCAGUGCGCUAGGUUCAUUUUUGAUGAGCUAAUAAAGAUUAGUCAUCAAUGUAUGAUGGCGGAGUUACAACGCUUUCCAGUCCUUCAAAAGCGCAUGGAUGAGGUUGUUGGAAACUUUCUGCGAGAAGGUCUUGAACCCUCACAAGCAAUGAUCCGAGAUGUUCUUGAAAUGGAGAUGGAUUACAUAAACACCUCACACCCAAAUUUUAUUGGGGGAACCAAAGCCGUUGAGGUUGCAAUGCAACAAGUCAAGUCUUCUAGGAUUCCGCAUCCUGUUGCACGGCCAAAGGAUGCAGUGGAGCCUGAGAAGACAUCUUCUUCUGCAAGUCAUAUAAAAUUUCGAUCUUUUCUCGGCCGACAAGCUAAUGGAAUUGUCAGUGAUCAGGGAGUUCUAUCUGCAGUAGAUGCUGAAAAACCCGCAACAGCUGGAAACACAAACUGGAGUGGUUUCUCAUCAAUUUUCCGGGGGAGUGAUGGUCAGGCAUCUACCAAAAAAAACUUAUUAAGCAAACCAUUUAACGAAGCUGCUCAAGAUGAUGUGUAUCAGAACUUGUCAACAAUCUUUUUGAAAGAGCCUCCAACUAUCUUGAGGUCAUCAGAAAAUCAUUCAGAACAGGAAGCAGUUGAGAUUCAGAUAACAAAACUAUUAUUGAAAUCCUACUAUGACAUUGUAAGGAAGAAUAUCGAGGACUUGGUCCCAAAAGCAAUCAUGCAUUUUCUGGUAAAUUACUCGAAACGUGAGCUGCACAAUGUCUUCAUCGAGAAGCUUUACAGGGAGAACAUGAUUGAAGAAUUGUUGAAAGAGCCGGAUGAGAUAGCAACAAAAAGGAAACGUACACGGGAGACUCUGCACAUUCUACAGCAGGCUAAUAGGACAUUAGACGAGCUGCCGUUGGAAGCUGAAACGGUUGAGAGAGGAUACAGAAUUGGCUCUGAACAGAAACAGAAACACGAGGAGCUACCGAGUACAAGAAGAUCAAGGUUAGAUUAUAAUGGGUACGGACGGCCUCAGAUGUAA